AUGCCGAAUAUCACAAUAACUCCUCGAGGUGUAUCAACACUAGAAUUCGAUCCCGACCAAACGACCAUAGAGGAUCUCAAAAUCCUCAUUUUCUCUUCUACCGAGAUCCCACCAAGCGAACAGGAAUUGAAGUAUAGUUACCCACCUAAAGCGUUACCCGGUUCAAACAAUCAACAGAAACUAUCUUCGAUCCCGAUAACCAAAGGUGAACAGAUAAUCGUUAUUUCCCUUCCGCCUGCUACAUCUUCAGCUCAAACCUCCACUUCCACUUCGUCCACCACAGUUGGUGCCGGACCUACGGUCAAAACGCCUACACCUGCGCCUUCCAUCAAAGCUAUCAACGAAACUAUAUCAGCUCCUUCACCCAUCCAUCCCCCUCCCCGUGCCGAAUCUCCUUUAAGUCAGAAUGAUAUACCGCUAGAAACGAAUGAUAGUGUCGCCUUACCAGGUAGAGAUGCAGGAUAUCUCCAAUUGAGGGUAGUACCGGAUGAUAAUUCCUGCUUGUUCAGCGCAAUUGGAGUGGUCUUCGAAGGUGGUAUCGAAGCGGCUCAAAAGCUAAGGAAAGUUGUUGCCGAUGCUAUAAGGGAUGAUCCUUUCACAUAUUCAGAUGUCAUGCUGGGCCAACCAGCCGAUCAGUAUAUAAAUAAGAUAAAGAGACCAGACACAUGGGGAGGGGCCAUAGAGCUAUCGAUAUUCUCAAAGCACUAUAAAACCGAAAUAUCGUCUUUCGAUGUAGCUACAGGCAGAUGUGAUAGGUUCGGGCAGGAUGAAUACGAUUCAAGGUGUCUUCUCGUGUAUUCAGGUAUUCACUACGACGCUCUCACUCUCUCUCCUUUACCUUCAUCACCUCCCUCAUUCCACACUACCAUCUUCCCCAUAACGGACUCUACGAUCUUGCCGACCGCUCAGAAAUUGGUCGAUCAACUAAAAGCGAGACAUUAUUAUACUGAUACGUCAACAUUCGAUUUGAGAUGCCAGAUAUGCGGGGAAGGGUUAGUAGGUGAGAAAGGAGCUAGGGAACAUGCUACGAAGACUGGACAUGUGCAAUUCGGUGAAUACUAG